AUGAAUCGAUCAUUGCUCCGUGUGGCUUCACGUCACCUCCAGUCGGCAAGCCACGUGCACAAGGCGCCCGCAGCUUCACUCAAUGCGCCGGUGCGCAGUUUCGCGACCGCCUUCAACUGGGAAGAUCCUUUGGCUGCAUCGGAGCUGUAUACCGAGGAGGAAUUGGCGAUUCAAGACACGGCGCGACAGUAUUGCCAAGAGCGCUUGUUACCCCGGGUUCUCGAUGCUUAUCGAACCGAGAACUAUGAUCGCAAAAUACUGGAAGAAAUGGGCGAACUGGGUCUUCUCGGCGCCAGCAUUGAGGGUUAUGGUUGUGCGGGUGCCAGCACUGUUGCAUCGGGUCUGAUCACGAAGGAGGUUGAACGAGUGGAUUCCGGAUACCGAUCAGGAAUGUCUGUGCAGAGCUCGCUGGCGAUGACAGCCAUCUAUGAGUUUGGAUCCCAGGAGUUAAAGGAUAGAUUCCUGCCAGAACUAGCCAAGGGAAAGAUUGCCGGUUGUUUUGGUCUUACGGAACCUAACCAUGGCUCAGACCCUGGCUCUAUGGAAACAGUUGCGCGAGAGCAUCCUACUAAGAAGGGCUAUUAUUCGCUCUCUGGCACGAAGACUUGGAUUACUAACUCCCCCAUCUCCGACAUAAUGAUAGUAUGGGCCAAGCUGGAGAGCACAGGUAAGAUCCGCGGGUUUGUGGUGGAACGUGACCAAUGCCCCCCAGGAACCUUGGAGACUCCGGCCAUCAAGAAUAAGACCGCCUUACGGGCGUCUAUCACCGGUAUGAUUCAAAUGGAUGACUGCCCGGUACCAAAGGAGAAUAUGUUCCCCGAUGUUGAAGGCCUCACUGGACCUUUCACCUGCCUUAACAGUGCUCGACUAGGAAUCGCCUUUGGUGCCAUGGGGGCUCUUGAAGACUGCCUAAGCCGUGCCCGGACCUACGCCUUAGAGCGGAAGCAGUUCAAGGGCAACCCUCUGGCGAAGUAUCAGCUAAUCCAGAAGAAGUUGGCGGAUGCUGCCACGGAUGCUGCUUAUGGAACGCUAGCAGCGACCCAGGUUGCUAGGCUCAAGGACCAAGGCAAAUCUACCCCUGAAAUGAUCUCCAUGAUUAAAAGACAGAACUGUGACCGGGCCCUGGCCAACUCCCGGAUACUUCAAGAAGUCUUCGGCGGGAAUGCAACCAGCGACGAAUACCAUAUCGCCCGGCAUGUAGCCAACCUAUUUGUGGUGCAAACGUACGAGGGACAGAGCGACAUUCACACGUUGAUUCUAGGGCGUGCUAUCACUGGAGUCCAGGCUGAUCCUCCCUCUUCCUGCUCCGCUGGACCUGCAGGUGAAGACCUGUUUCACUGGCAAGCUACUAUUAUGGGUCCUGGUGACUCUCCAUAUGCGGGAGGCGUUUUCUUCCUAACAAUCCACUUCCCUACCGACUACCCAUUCAAGCCGCCUAAGGUCAACUUCACCACCCGUAUCUACCACCCCAACAUCAACUCAAAUGGCAGUAUCUGUCUCGACAUUCUUAGAGAUCAAUGGAGCCCUGCUCUCACAAUCUCUAAAGUGCUGCUGUCCAUCUGUUCGAUGCUUACAGACCCCAACCCAGACGACCCGUUGGUGCCUGAAAUUGCGCAUGUGUACAAGACUGACCGCGCUCGGUAUGAAGCGACCGCCCGCGAAUGGACCCGGAAAUAUGCUAUCUGA